UGUCAGUUCACGGGUGUCCAGUUUUGGUGUUGUUCUGUUGGAUAAAUAAAAACGCCGUCGGGCUUCGGAACUCACAGGUCUCCUUGGUUUCUUGAUUGGUUUAGCAGCUGGGGAGCCCAAAGCGUAAGUGACACCCCUCAACAAGAACGACAAUGUACUAGAGGAGUCACAAGCAGGAAGAGGGCCCGGCUUUGGUUUGUAAAAUGAACAAUGAAGACGAGUUCUACGACGCCGUCACAGGCUUGGAUUCGGAUGAGUCCUGUGAGGGCACGUCAGAGGCCAGCUUUAAAGAUGCGAUCGUGUUCGACAGUAUGCAGAAAAACAAUGGCACGGCGGCACAGGAGAAUGGAAUCAAGAAGCGCAGGACAACCUUACCUGCACCAAUGUUCUCCAGGAACAACUUCAGUGUGUGGGGAAUACUGAAGAAAUGCAUUGGACUGGAGCUGUCCAAGAUCACGAUGCCCAUCGUGUUCAAUGAGCCGCUGAGCUUCCUACAGCGCAUCACGGAGUACAUGGAACACACUUACCUCAUCCAGAAGGCCUGCGCUCUGCCUGACUCGGUGGAGCGGAUGCAGGCUGUAGCUGCUUUCGCUGUCUCUGCUGUGGCGUCUCAAUGGGACAGAACUGGAAAGCCUUUCAAUCCUCUGCUGGGGGAAACCUACGAGCUCAUACGGGAGGAUCAAGGCUACAGGCUCAUCUCGGAGCAGGUCAGCCACCACCCCCCCAUCAGCGCCUUCCAUGCCGAGAGCCUUUCCGGGGACUUCGUGUUCCACGGCUCCAUCUACCCCAAACUCAAAUUCUGGGGCAAGAGCGUGGAGGCCGAACCCCGUGGAACCAUCACUCUAGAACUACUUAAGCACAAAGAAGCCUAUACUUGGACAAAUCCUUACUGCUGUGUACACAAUGUCAUAUUAGGCAAACUGUGGAUAGAACAGUAUGGAACAGUGGAGAUAGUCAAUCACAGUACCGGAGAUAAGUGCGUGUUGAACUUCAAGCCCUGUGGCAUGUUUGGCAAGGAGCUGCAUAGAGUGGAGGGAUACAUCCAGGACAAGAGUAAAAAGAAGCUGUGUGUGAUCUACGGGAAGUGGACAGAGUGCAUGUGGAGCGUGGACCCCCAGGUGUACGAGGCCCACAAGAGGGCCGACAAAAAGGGGGGCACCAGUGACACCAAGAAACACAAACAGGAGGAAGCCAGCCGGCCGGAGAAUGACGAGGCGGACGACAUGCCCGAGGUACAGGAGACGGUGGCAGUGAUCCCUGGCAGCACGCUGCUCUGGAGGAUAGCAUCACGCCCUCCACACUCUGCACAGAUGUACAAUUUCACCAGCUUUGCCAUGACCCUGAAUGAAUUGGAGCCCGGGAUGGAGGGCGUCUUGGCUCCCACGGACUGCCGUCUGCGUCCAGACAUCAGGGCCAUGGAGAAUGGAGACAUGGAUAUGGCCAGCAGGGAGAAAGAGAGGUUGGAAGAGAAACAGAGGGCGGCACGCAAAGAGCGCGCCAAGGACGAGGAGGAGUGGUCAACCAGGUGGUUCCAGUUUGGCACAAACCCUCACACAGGAUCCCAGGACUGGAUGUACACGGGGGGGUACUUUGAUAGGAAAUACACUGACUGUCCUGAUAUCUACUGAUGAGGGAGCGGGGGGCAGCUGUCCUUUCCCCAAUCCAUAGCACCAUAUCAUCUCCAGUCGGAACUCUGAAGUGGUAGUUUUUUUCCCUCUUGUGUUCGGCACAAUUAACGGUUUGUACACAAACUCCCCACGUGGAAUGGUCAUCACGAGCCAUUUCUGAAACAGCCAACCAACCAACCAACCAACAACAGAAAAAAAACUGAAAUCAGGGAUUUAAAUGAUUUUUUUUUGUGGAGGUCGGGAGCAGGGGAGGGGCGUUAAACAGGAGUAAUAAUGUUUGCACUCUGUACUGUCUGAGCAGAACCUGGUCUCUGCAUUUGAUGCACUUCCGUUGUCAAAUGUCAAAGUGUUGCUUUGUGCUGAAUGUGUUUUCCCACCUUCGCUGCCGCAAUGGAGAAGAUUCGUGAACGCAGGCAUUAUGGAUCAUAUGGAGGAUAUAAUGUAGAUCCGAUCUCAAAACAGGAUUUCGCACUCCUUACACUUUUCUCCUAAGCAACAACAUAGCGAUAACACAUGACAGAAAUUCAGAAUCCAUCCUUAUUUCAUACUUGCAUUUUCUAUACAGCUGCAGUUUAAAGUGAGUAUCAUGUUGUCCACUAUCUCAGAUCCCUUUAAAGUGAUGGACUGGUGGGUUUCUUUCAGAGGUGAGUCUUGCUGUAGGGUAGUCUGGGCUGUGCUGCUUGCACCUCAGGCGCACUGUCUAUCACACUAAAUACACUAGUCCCAUGUGAGAUCGCGCACCUCGUAUUUUGCUCGGUUUUUACAAUCUGAGUUCGUUAGUUACAUUGUGAGAUAUACCAGGAGCAAUAUCGUAGGGUAAAACCAACUUGUAAGGGUUAAUCUUAAAAUUCAUGCUUUUGAGUCUAAGACACUUUUUAAGGUUGGUUAAUGCAGGUGAUAUUUUAGAAAAACCCAGCACACUGAGCAAUCAUCUCUUAUCUGCUGUUAGCCAUGGCCUGGAGUUGUUACUGACCAGGAGGCAUACUGCUAUAGUGACUCUAGAAGCCAUAGAUAUGGAUAUUAGCUUUGAAUUUCUAUGUACGGUUUUAAAUGUGGAUCAAGGCUAGGAUAUUCCCCUCUAAAAAUGGCAGUCUAUUUCAGUCUAACCACAGGCCGCUUAAACUUUUUUUUUUUCAAACUAAUUAAUAUCCUCUUCACAUUCACCCUCCCUUUAUAUCAGUUUUUAAACCACUUGGCAUAAGUCUCAAUGUCAAAUGAAACCAGUCAACACUUCAACUCAUUUAUUAACCAUGAGUUUAUCUACAGAUUAAUGGAGUUGUUAAGUGGGGCUCAUUUGUAUGGUGAAUUCAUUAGACAGAUAUAUGAACUUUGAAAUGAUGCUAGACACUCUAUCUUGAAAUAAGCUCUUGUUUGGUGUGGAGGAAAGAGCAUGACCUGUAAUCUCUUGGAUGGCAGUCCCAGCUCAGCGCACUCUCAAAGUUCACUAUGAAGCGCUUUCAGCUCCCAACCCACCCUGCACACAAACUGAUACACUAAUCUGCAUUGUUGGACCUUAUUAGCUCUGUACUUGUAAUGUAAUAUGUACAUCCCAGUAUCACAUCCCAGUUUCCAGUUUCAUACUUUUAAACCACCAGACAGAGUGCAUGCUGUGAAUGACUUUUUUUUUCUUGGCACUAAAUAUUUAUAUACAUUAUUC